GUUUUGUUUUGAUUUUUUCCUGUUUUCGGUUUUCGUUUAUAGUAGAAAUCGGAAGCGAAUUGUGCUAGUUUUGAAAUUUUGCAGUCGAAAAUCACUAUAGAAUAAUAAUGGACAAGAAAUGAACAUUUUUACAAUUUGAAGCCAAAUACCUAUCAUCCAGUAAUCACACCAAAUACACAGUGGGUAUUUUUUUUUUGUUAAACAUUAAUUUAUUUUUCCCCAAGGGAAAUUAUUUCUUUAGCAAAUCUGGAUGAUAAAUUGGAAAUCAUGAUUGCUGCCUCAGAUCCACAGGAAUUCAUACCCCGUGGUCGGCAGCAAGUUGCCAGACACCCAGGACCGCUAGAACCAAUUUUCAAAAAUAAAGACUUUGAUGAUUAUCUUCAAAGUGGUCUAGAAAAGGUUUCCUUAUCCGAAGACAUAACCAGUGAAUUUUGGACUUUAAGAAUUGCCCCAAAAGAUGAAUUUUCGUCAAGCUUGGAUAAUGAAAAAGAUGCUUCACCAAAAUCUACCCAAAACAGAAGCUAUGCCCCUUCAUCUGGUAGUAAAGAUCAUGUUACAGAAUAUAGCGAAUAUUUUGAAGAUUCUAUCAGUUUUAAAACUUCUGAGGGCAGCAUGCAAAAAAAGCCAUUUGGAAAAAGAUUAUCCGAUGCUAGUGUUAGAUUUCCUAGUAAAAGAUUUUCUUGGGGUACAAACGAGAAGAAAAAUGAGACUAGAAGGUCUAGUGGGGAGUUUAAUAAAACAAAACCGUUCUCUCCCAAUUCAGAUCAAUCAUAUUUAAAUUGCAAAAUUGAUCCUGGUUUUAUGGAGGAUGAAUUGUAUGUUAAAGGACAUACUGCUGUUUGGUCUCGAGGUCUUUUAAACAGUAUUAAUGAUCAGGAUAAUGGAAGAAAGGUCAUUAGUUGUUAUACUGUUCCAUUACCUAUAAAGCAAGCAAUAUGGUCUACAUUUUAUUCUGAAAGACCCAUGUUUGAACCUAGUUUGGUGGACGUAUAUAAUAAAGUGGAUGAGGCUUCUGGUACUCCAACAUCAGCCAUAUGUUUAAUUGAUUCUCACAAUAUUAGAGUUUUUAUUAAUAAAGGAGAAAAUUUCGUUAUUUCAAUACCUUUUCAAAUUGAGAAAGUGUGGAACACAAAGUUUGGAAUAUUAAUUGAAAAGAGUGUAGAAGGCCUUAUUCAGGAAAAAUACUCUGAAGAAGGUGGUACUUUAUUCUCUCUGAAUUACCCUUUAGAUGAUAUAUGUCCAGUGGCAAUAAGUCACAAUUCAACAAUAACUCGACUGUCCAGAACAAAUUAUAAAGUCUUAUACACUAAUAAUAAUCCUAGCAUUUGUAUGGUGUUCGAUACGCUAACUAAAGAACAUAGUGUUUAUAAAAUACGUAAGGUCAGGUGUGAUGAAAAGGAUUAUGGGGACGAUAAUCAUGGGAGUCAUAGUGCAGCAUUCAAUUCGAAUAAAUUAAAAAAUCGUCUCUCAAUGUGGGAAAACCUAAUGACAAGCGGGCACAUUGUUACACCGAGCCCAAUUGGGACAAAUAAAACUGCCAGCGAAAAAAUGUCCCACUUGCAUCACAAAUCUAGAUCGCUUAGCUCAAUGGCUGCUAUGAGUCGUUGUCAAUCUCCAGCUACAACUGAUGUUGAUAAUAGUCCAUGGAUCACGCCUAUGUCCAAAAAAGACAAUAUGUCUAGAAACUUUUUGCAGAACAAUGAUAAUAUGUCCGCCAAAUCGUUUUUUAAUUGUUCGAAAUCUAUGUCCCAUUUAAGAUCGAAUCCUUAUAUUUGCUUGGAAUAUCUUUGGACAGACACUUACUCAGUACAGGACACUAUUACAGGUUUACCAGCGUCAACAGUUUUUCUAACUGAAGACAUUAUAGGGCAAUGGUAUCUUUGCUAUGUCCUACCGUCAAGGUUUCAAUUGUCAAUUGUGAAAAUUGAUUUUUCUGGUCCUAAUAUUGCUUUUGGAUUGUUGACGAGUAUUAGCGCCAAAGAUGCCAUUAACGUUCCUCAUUUGCAUAUGUUAGCAAUUCUGGAACAUAGCGGUAAUGUUACAUUGUAUUCUGGUUUGACAAUGGUAGGAAAAUUGCAUAUUGGAGGUACUUUAUUGCAACACACACCGUCUCCUUUAGAUAGGCGUCACAUGUCCUCACCAUUUCCAAGACGCAGUAGUCUUUUGCCAUUAUCGCAACAAGAACCAAAAUUCGAUGAACACCUUUACUCUCCAGUGUUACCGUCUUAUCCCCAUCAAAAAGUGCACAUAAUGCCUCCCAGAUUGAAUCCCACUCCGUUGCAAUACGGAUUUUUGGGCAGAGCUGAAAAGAAAUCUGUACCAGUUGGCCUAAUGGACUCACUGAAAAACCGUUUGACUUUAAAAUACUCUGACGGAUCUUUUUAUAGAAUAACGCUACCAAUUAUUUCUUCAUCCUCGUUAGUGGAGCAUUCUUUAGUAGCUCUAAGACAGUGUCUACCCAGAGAUGCUGCUUUGGUUCUCGUUUGUAGAUGGUACUCGACAAGAAAUGCCAUUGGUACUGAAGAUAGUGAUGCUAAACAUGAAUGGGAGAUGUUUAUGGGGCUGUUAUUUGAACUUUUUGGAUAUGAAGACGAAGAGGUUUUUGAUAAAUCUGAAGUUCCAGAUGUCAAAAGGCCAAAACCUACACCUUCUAGCACGGACGAGGAUUGGUUUAACAUGUUGAAUAAUGUAUCUAAGGAUGUUGUUGACGGUUUAACAGAACUCGUUCACUUGCCUUUGUCUAUAGGUUCAUAUUUAAAAAAGCCACUGAAAAAUGACCCUAAAGUUACUGUAAAUCCAAAAGGAGUUUUAUUUCCUUACAUUCGCUAUAUUCAUUUUACAUUACACUUGCUUUAUGAAGAUUUUAAGUUGAAUACAUUGUACACAGAUAGUUUGCUUUUAUUGGCCAAAUUGCUAAGUAAACUUUCCAAUGACUUAGCACUUAAGGAGUACGCAAUUCAUUAUUGGAAGGAUUUCCCAAAAGAAAUGUCUAUUGGUGGUCCAAAAAUUAAAGAAAGUUUGUUCAAAACUGUUAACAUUUGGCCAGGUUUAAGUGAGAAGCCUGUCAGCAUUAUGGAACAUAUUUAUAGGUUGUUAAAAGGCGAAACCAUAUUGCCUUAUCCUUAUUUUGCUAAUGUCAAUGUUAGAUCUAGGGAUAUUGUACAGUUGGUUGGAGUGCUUUCUCAAGCAAAUCGUACCUGCCCGGAAGAAGUAUUUUUAGAAAGUUUCACUAAAGACGUAUCUGAGACACCAGAACAGGUUUUACAACAUAAAAGCAUUAUUAUGAAUGGCACAACCAUGGAACAAGUUAUUUUGGUGAUGGUGGAUAUGAAAAUAGACACAGGGUACAUUGAAACUUUACCUACUGGCUUAUAUUUUUUGAUAUACAACGCUCUGUGGAAGUGCAGGGAAAAUCCUCCAUCAGAUUGGCCCUCGGAAGCUUACCAUUUGUUGUAUAGGAACGAUUUGGUUGCUCAGGCUCAUAAAAUUGAAAUGGAGAAAGACAAGCUUUUCCAGGAAAAAAUGAAUAUUUGCUUUCAACUUCAGGAGACCAUGCCUAAUACCAAACAAGAAAUUGCUGAUUUGGAUGGUAUGGAGGAUAUCGAUUCUAGUUUGACUAAAAUGAUAUUCAGCGAUGAUACAAGAGUUAUGGAAGCCAGAAAAAUGCUAACAAGUUCAAAACCAGUCACAAUAGCCCUGACUCAAAGACCCGACGUUUCAGAUCAUGAUUUUAUCGAAGAGCAAGAAAAGCAUUUGUAUGGAAUUUGUAUCCGGACCAUGUCGUUGCCCGUAGGAAGAGGUAUGAUGACAUUACGUACAGCAACUCCAAUAAUAACAGAGCCUCUAGCUGCACCAGUUCUAUGCCUAACCGGUAAAGCGCUACCUAGAGGCAAUACAGUGGAACUGAAUCACAUAGACACCCCCUCCAAUAUGGAUUUGUGGCCCUUGUUCCAUAACGGAGUCGCCAAUGGACUUAGAGUGACUCCAGAUGCACAGAACAUUGAUAACACUUGGAUUAUUUUUAAUAAACCAAAAAGUGGAGCUGAACCUCAAAUGGAGCAUGCCGGUUUCUUGAUGGCUCUAGGUUUGAAUGGUCACCUGAAAAAUUUGGCUGUUAUAAAUACUUUUGAGUAUAUAGGAAGAGCACAUGAAAUGACAAGCGUUGGAAUGUUAUUAGGUCUUUCGGCAGCUUUCAGAGGAACCUGUCACCAACAUCUCACCAAAAUUCUGGCAAUACACGUUGAGGCAUUGUUGCCACCUACUUCUAUGGAAUUGGACGUUUUUCAAAAUUUACAAGUUACAGGAUUACUGGGGGUUGGUUUAUUGUAUCAGCGUAGUGCGCAUAGACACAUGGCAGAGGUUUUACUGUCCGAAAUCGGUCGUCCACCUGGACCAGAAAUGGAAAACAGCGUAGAUCGCGAAUCUUAUUCACUUGCAGCUGGUUUAGGUUUGGGUUUGGUAAUGCUUAAAUACGGAAACCAAUCGACUGGAAUGUCUGAUCUCAACGUACCGGACACUUUGCUUUACUACAUGGUUGGAGGCAACAAGCGACCUCUAACUGGAUCUCAAAGGGACAAGUACAAAACACCCUCUUUCCAAAUUCGGGAAGGGUCUUCGGUUAAUUUGGACGUUACCGCCCCUGGAGCUACGCUGGCUCUGGGUUUGAUGUAUUUAGGAACUGGAAAUAAGGCCGUGUCUGAUUGGAUGGCGCCACCGGAAACUCAAUAUUUGUUGGACUUUGUUAGGCCAGAUUUUUUGAUGUUGAGGAUAUUGUGCAGAUCUCUAAUUCUAUGGGACAGCAUUGAACCAACUAAAGAAUGGGUAGUCCGUCAAGUACCUGCAACUAUUCUUCCUCAUUGUUUAGUUACGCCUACUAAUGAAGCUGAUAUAGAUUAUGAGGCUAUGAAUCAAGCCUACUGUAAUAUCAUCACAGGAGCUUGCUUCGCUUUAGGCCUGAAAUUUGCAGGCUCUGCUGAUCCAGAAGCCUUUGAAACUUUACUGAUUUUCUGUAAUAUGUUCACCUCACUAACUGGCAAGUCGAUUGCCGAAUUAGCCGGCAAAGCGACAAUAGAAACUUGUCUCAAUGUUUUAUUAAUAAGUGCUUCAAUGGUUAUGGCAGGUACUGGUAAUCUUGAAAUAAUGAGGCUGAUUCGUCAUUUACGUUGUAGAGUAGGUAUCCCAAAUAGUGCCAUAGUGACAUACGGAUCACAUUUAGCAAUUCACAUGGCGCUAGGGCUGCUAUUUCUAGGCGGAGGCAGGUAUACACUUAGCAACUCGCCUGCUAGUGUGGCUGCUUUGAUUUGUGCCUUUUAUCCUAAAUUUCCUACCCAUAGUAAUGAUAAUAGGUAUCACCUACAAGCAUUUAGACAUUUAUAUGUCCUAGCCGUUGAACCCAGAUUAAUAAUACCAAAAGAAGUGAUUUAUGAUGAUAUUUGUUAUGCCAAACUAAGAGUUGUUAAAUUAAAUGGAGCAGAAACUUCAAUCAAGGCACCGGGACUCAUACCAGAUAUUAAUUUGCUGACUAAAGUAGCAGUGGAUGAUGCACGAUAUUGGCCAGUUGUGUUUGAAAGAGGCAGAAAUUGGGAUUCAUUGACUAAAAUCCUCUCAACUACAGGCUGCAUAGAAGUCAAACAACGCGCCGGUUGCCUCAGCUACAUAACAGACAAGUUUGGGUACCACAGCGAACUUGCUCGAACUUUGACGCACUCUAGAGUGGUACCGUGGGAUCCACCCUAUCUUUCCAUAACAAAUUUCACUUCUGACGACGCCAUAAAAGGAUUUUGCGAAUCCGUAUUGAAUCUUGAUAGAACCAAAGCGAAUCAUUACGAGCAGAGGUUUAUACAGAUGCUGACCAGGGCGAUUUAUGAUGCUGUUGUUAAGGAUAAGUUGAUGAUGAUUAUUAUUAUGGUGUCAUUGAUCAAGUUGGUCCUUGCUCUACAGUCUCAACCAUCCACCCUCGUUAUAUGGCAACUAAAAAUAAUAAUGGAACAAGUACUGAUGAAAUCGUCAGCCUCCCAAAAUCUUCUCUCUAAAGAAACAGUUUUGGCUUUUCAACAAGAAAUAACCAGCAUACUGGAAUCUCACGAAGAGCAUCUCAAGUUAAACCUCAAAAAUUUUAUUGUCGGAAAAGAGUUUGAUGCGAAUUUACCAAUGUUGGCUAGUUAUGUUACAUUUUUUGAUAUUCCUAGUAGUGCGACCAAUUUGGAUGGGAAAAACGAUGCUCUUGAAUUACUGAUGAUUUUCAAAAGUGAAUUUUCUAGCUUGGAUGUUUCGAAAUUGUUGAAGAUAUUUGAAUGAAUAAAUUAUUAAUAGUUGAAUAUUAAUGUGAUUUAUGUUAACUAGAAAAGUUUUUUUUUUAAGAAUAAACAUAUUUUGUAUAUAAAUAAUUGUUUGUUUUUCAAAUAAACUAAGCAAAUGUUGUCUUAAGGGCCCCAUUCACACAUUGAAACUGAGACAGACGAAUACACAGUGAGAUUUGUAUCAAGAUACUGAUACUUGAAACAUUUAUAGAUACCGAUCUCUACGUGAAUGGCACCCUCUACAAUAAGUUAAUAAAUACACGUCAAAAUCAAAAUACAAAAAUAAUAUAAUAUAAAGACAUGAUGAAGAUUAAGCUUGGCUGCUUCUCAAUUUUGCAGCCGCCAAGCACAUUCUUGAAAGAAGACCAGACAUUUGUAUUAAAGUGGUCAAUCCUUCGAUUAUCCUCUGAUGUGUCAACCCAAUCUCUUUUAUAAAAGCUAAUUUAACCGGUUCUGCCAUGUCCAUAGUUUUGCACACUUUGAAUAUGUUUUUAAUAAUGUCUUCUGCAGCGUAACCCAAGUUCCAUAAAUGUUCUACA